CACGGGGACAAAUAAGGGGUAAUUAGUGAACAAAAACCAACAGGCAGAACAACAUCCAAACAAACAGGUUCGUUUUUAUAAAUUUCAAAUAAGACAGCAUGAAACAAAGUAACGGUGAAGGCAAGUCAUGAUAACCACAUAAAAAUGGUUUUAAUCAGCAUCACCUGAAUCAUUCUCCUACUAUUAAAACCCAUGCCCCUUCACCAUACUUCACCGAGGGAAACCUGUUCAGUUUUUGCUUCUGUGAAUGAUUCAGAGGAAUUGCUAUCUACUGGGGUCAGAAUGGAAAUGCUAGCAACCUACCUUCGGAAUAACUUCUUGGGAGGAGAUUCAUCAUCUCGCCCGCUCGACCCCGCCGUUCUUGAUGGAAUUGACUUCGAUAUCGAGGGCGGAACAAGCCAGCAUUCGGAUGAACUCGCCCGGUGCCUUUCAAGGUAUAGCAAGAAAGGGAAGAAGGUUCACCUGACCACAGCACCUCAGUCUCCGUUUCCUAAUGCUUGGCUAGGAAAUGCACCCAAAAACAGUAGACUUCAGGCAUUCCAGCAACUCUUAUUUUUCCAGGGUUGCCUGCUUCUCCUCAGGCAGCCGAGAGUGGGUUCAUUCCAGCAGCUGAUCUCAUUUGGAAGAUUCUUUCCUGCAAUUAAGGGUUCUGCUAAAUACGUAGGCGUUAUGCUGUGGUCCAAGUACUAUGAUGAUCAGGGUGGAUAUAGUUCUUCCAUCAAGAGCCAUAUCUGAUAUCUGCAAUUCGCCCAUGUAUCACUUCAUGUU